CCAUCACACACAUCUCCAUUCUCUCUCUCUCUAAAACUUGCGAAAGGUUUUCGUGAAUGGCACCUCGGCGUUGAUUUAUAUGUCGUUAGAGGGAAACAGAAUUUGCUUAGCCGUUUGGUCGAAUUUGGGGCGACUGUUUUCCCAUUCUUGACUCAUUUAAUUUUUCUGGAACGAGUUCUUUUCUUUUGUACAGGUUCCAGGAAUGGAUGAGGCCAAGAAAGUAGAGAGUCACAUGACAUCAGCUGUGGCUUUUGUCGAAGGGGGGAUUCAGGAGGCAUCUGAUGAUUCUUGUAGCAUAUGCCUCGAGGGGUUUUGUGACAAUGAUCCUUCCACGGUGACAAGCUGCAAGCAUGAGUUCCACCUUCAAUGCAUUCUUGAAUGGUGCCAAAGAAGCUCCAAUUGUCCAAUGUGUUGGCAAAAUGUCAGUCUGAAAGAUCCUGCAAGUCAAGAAUUGCUCGAGGCCGUGGAACGGGAGAGAAGUUUCAGGUUCACUCCAUCAACAAAUGCAACAAUAUUUCGCCAUCCCACCCUUGGGGAUUUUGAAUUGCAGCACUUACCAGUCGGUGUGAAUGGUACUGAACUUGAGGACCGGAUCAUCCAACAUUUGGCAGCUGCUGCCGCAAUGGGAAGGACUCAUCGCGUUGCUCGGAGGGAGGGCUCAAGGAGUCGUUCAUCUUCCCAUCCGCAGUUUGUUUUGUUUUCAGCUAAUCAUAAUGGAUCUUCUGCAGCUGCUGGUGGAGAAGAAACUGCACCAGCUGCAGCUACUGAAAACAAUCCAUCUCUUCCCCUUGCAUCUGUAAACAAUGAUGGAACACAGCGUGUGGCAUCUUCUGUCCAGAGUGGUCAAUUUUCAGCUUCAUCAUCCGGGCAUUUGCGCAUGGCAAGUAUGGGCCGCGUGUUAUCUGGUGAUAAUAGAAAGAGUCAAUCUUCCUCUCCGAAUCAUGACAGAGCAGGACCCUCAGAGUUUCAGUCUUUCUCAGAUACUUGGAAAUCUCGAUUCAAUUCUAUGUCAAUGAAAUACAAAGAGUCAAUUUCAAAGAGCACAAAAGAAUGGAAGGAGAAGCUGUUUUCUAGAAGCUCUUCCAUGGCAGAUAUUGGUUCUGAAGUUAGGAGAGAGGUAAAUGCUGGAAUUGCUACGGUAUCCCGCAUGAUGGAACGCCUUGAAACUAGAGACAGCAAUAGACCUGGUCAGGUGCCGCUAGCAAAUAAUGCAGUGGAUUCUUCAGUCACUGAACGAAGCAACAGUAAUAGGGAUACUUCCAGUGAUAUGCCAUUGAAUGGCAAUAAUGCUGCUUCUCUUGCUGCACGUUCAAUCUCAAGUUAAUAUUUAUAAUACUAUGUAAGAAGGAAUCCUUCCUCAGCAUUUCAUCUUUGAAGGUCUAUGUUUAUCUCCUUCAAAUAUGACAUGCUGAGGAUGAGAGAAUCAGUACUUCAGUUUGAGUUAGGCUGGAGAGAGAGCUCUAAUUGUUCUUUCAUCCCAAUAAACGGAGAGCAGAUACAGACUACUUUCAGUGGAAGAACAAUUGGAAAACUGUGUUUUAUAUAUUGAUAGAUAUCUCAUCUGCCUGUAAAUGCAAACGUGUCUGGUACUCAAAAAAACUUCCAGAGGUAUAAUUUGAGACAGAUGGUAUGACAAUGGGAUGAUUAUCUUUUUCUUUUUUCCUUUUCCUAUUUUUAUGCACAAAAUUUACCCAA